AAAUGCCCCAUCAUUGAAACCAUAAAGUAGCCGUCAUGUCUCAACUAAUUAAACCUGAACUCUUCCAUCAGCUGAAACGUAGCAAUCCUCUGCUGCAAUUCCAACGGUUCCGGGCCAAAAUCAAUAUUCAACGUCCCCGCCAACCUCACUAUGAACGAGCCCGAGUAAUUGCAGUAACAACACCUCAAUAUCCUGAACCACCUAAAGUAUCCAAUUGUUUUGAAAAGAAAUCACGAACAGUACAAGAAAAUCCCUACAAUGAUAUUAUUGCUCGUGAAGUCUACAAUUGGCUGAGUAACUCCAAAAUGGUGGGCAUAUUUCACAUUAACUCCAUUAAAUCGGAUGAUUACUUUGAUGCCCGUGUCUUGUUGCACAAACAAAAUAUGCAAUUGAAACAGUAUGGUCAGAAAAUUGUCCGCAAGGCAGUGGAGGGAAAUCGUUUCGAAGCGAUAUUGCCUCUGUUUGAUGCCCAAACCUGUCUAGUAUUUUCGCCAGAACCUAAGGUGGCACAAUUGUUGAAAAUCACACGUAAAAUACCACAAAUGCUUUUAAUAGCCGGUAUUGUCGAUGACACUUUGUUGAGCCGUAAUGAAUUUAUGCAAUAUGCUCAAUUGCCAGGUUUGAAAUCGGCUCAAGCUGAACUUGUACAAACAUUGAAUAUGGCCGGUACAUCGUUGGUGCAAAAUUUGGAGGCCCACCAAAAGAAUUUUGUAAAUAUUUUAGAUGUUUAUGCUAAGAGUGAAAGUUCUGAUGGCGGCGAUGCUAGUAAAACAACAGCACCCGCAGAUAGUGGAGAGAAUAAAAAUUAA